AUGGAAAGUCCCCAAGAUAAUAAAGAAGUGGUGACCAUCUUGGUGCUGGGAGACCCAGGAUGCGGGAAGUCCACGUUUCUAUCCGCCAUAAAGAACAUCCAAGCAAGACCCAGAGCUGAAACCAGUUAUGGGCAAAGAUGGCAACUGGACCUGCUGCGAGAUAGUGACCAGCCAUUCCUCUUCGACAUCCGUUUCUCGAAGAAGUCGUUUACGCUUGAGCUAUAUGACACCGCAAGCCCGAACCAGCAUUGGUCGACCCUGAAGCCGGACGUGGUACUCCUGGCAUUCGACAUCUCGAACCGGGAGACCCUGGAUGGGCUCAAGAAGCGUGGUAUUGGGGAGCGUAUACCCGUCAUGAUGGUGGGUUUGAAGAGGGACCUUCGAAAAGAAGGCGAGGGUAUCAUCUAUCCGCAAGAAUCGUACCGCAUUGCGCAAGAGCUACGCUGUGAUCGGUAUGCGGAGUGUUCCGCUGCCACUGGGGAACUUAUGGCUGAGACGUUUGAGGAUCUGGCGAGACUGGCGGGUAUGACUACGACAGAGACCGGGGGACAGACCCAGGGAGGCUGCGUGGUCUGCUAG